AUGCUUCCUUCUCUCACUCGAUUCUUUGCACGGGCGCUUGUCCUUCACCGCUCUGCCCUCAGCUCCUCCUCUUCCUCCACACCCAUCGUCCAAGAAGAAGAAGUUUCAUUCGAAAGUCUGAAACCAUCACGAGCAUUUGAAAAAAGCUUAAAAGGAGAUCUCAAGAAACAAUAUGAAAAAGCUCUCAAGGAAUUUGAAAUUUUCGUUUAUAUGGGAAAGAUGGUUCCGAAUAAAAUGAGUGACGAGGCUUGGAAGCAGACGCUGGAAUGCAAAUCGCUGAGCGAUAGAAUCAGUUAUUGGGAGUACAUCGCACUGACAGCACGAAGAGCUCAACGGAAAGAUAAAUCGCAGAAAUUUAACAAAGAUCUAUACAAGGAGAGUCUCGCCGAACAACAGAAAAUCAUGGACGCUGGUGGAAUGGGAUAUGGACCAGAGAUGUAUCAAUUGAUCAGUAAUCCAUUGAGAAAUCAGAAAAGAGUGAAUAACAUCGAAGGAUCGAAAGUUUUUGCGAGCAUGAAAAAUGGCUCACCACGAAUCGCGUUGGAUUUGCAGUUCAUUCAAGAAGCGGGUCGACGGGAUAGCGGAGAACUUGGAAAUCAGAUGCAAUAUUGUAUCAGUGAGAAUUUCUCUUCGAAAAAUCCCCUCGUUUUGGAUUUUGUGAACGCUCCUUCGAAGGAAUUUCUGGAGGAGUGGCUCAAAAAGAGUGUCGGUUAUUACACGGGAACUUAUGUGAAUCAGACGAUUCUUCCGGAUUUUUCUACAAAAGGAAUCAAGGAAUUCUAUGAUGAUUCUUCUCUCGAUACAAUUUAUCUAUCAUCAAAUGCACGAGAUGUUCUCGAUGGACCACUUACCGCUGACGUCAUCGGAGUCUGUGUGACAAUGGGACGAAAACGUGAGGCUUUGAGUGCGGCUCGUCGUUCAAAAAUCCGUGCCUUUCGCUUACCGAUUCAUCGAUACGUCAAAUGGAAGUCGGGACCACAGUUUCUGCCGUUUCCGAACUUGCUCAACGUACUUCGUGAGGUGUACACAAGCGGUGGCGAUUGGAGUCGCGCGCUACACAACAACAUCAGUAGACGGCACUUGGUGGAUACGAAUGAAGACGAGCACAAAAAAAUGCAGAUGUUGAGACGACGAGUGAAAGAGGAGGAGCGUCGCGAGCUGACAGAGGCAAUUAUUAGUGCCACUCAGGACUAG